AUGAAUGUAUUUCCUCUGGCACUGCUGCUAACCUGGAUCUCAUCUUUAACGGUGGUGACGCGGUGCGACGGUCAGGACGGCGAGAAAGACUACGUAUGGACAAAGUGUUACGACGAGUUAGGGUGUGUCAACAACACGGAGGACUGGUACCAUCCCUUGUACAGACCGAUCAAGGAGCAGCCUCUGGACCGCCAUUACAUCAAAACUACCUUCCGGUUCUUCGGCAAAGGAAAGGACUCCAAGCACCUGGUCAAGAUGGAGCCCAUGGAGGCGAGCUACAAGCACAUCAAGUUGACCAAUUUUGACAAGAAGAAGAAGACCCACAUACUCAUCCACGACUUCACCAGCACCGGGCUGGCGGGAUGGAUAAAGCACGCCGUCAAAUCCAUUCUAGCCGCUAAUCUCGGAAACGUCAUCAGCGUCGAUUGGACGGGAGGCGCCGAGCCGCCUUACAUGCUCGCCGUGCAAAACGCCCGCGUCGUGGCCCUGGAGCUCACUAAACUCCUAAAAGUCCUCAUCAACGAAUUUGGAAUGAGUCCCGAUCAAUUUCACCUAAUCGGCCAAGGCGUAGGAGCUCAUAUAGCCGGGUACGCCGCCCAGAAUGUACCCGACAUCCAAAGGAUCACGGGGUUGGAUCCCAAUGGAUUGUAUUUUUCGGAUAUGCCCUGUUUUGCUCAUCUUGAUCCUCAGGAUGCGAAACUCGUGGAUAUUAUCUAUACCGAUGUGAUAAAGGGUAUACCGAGAUAUUUUUGAGUCGUGAGAUUUUUUAAAUGAAAGUGAAGUCCCUGUAGUCCUGAAUUUCUCCACGUAGGUCACGGUCAAGGAGCCGGCGAUCCUUUUGGGCACUUGAAUUUCUACCCAAAUGGUGGUCUUACCCAACCUGGAUGCAACGCAUCGUCCUUGUAUCCUCCUCUUAACGAGAUCACGAGGGAUUCGUUAAAGCAGAACGAAGUUGCACCGGGCUGCAGUCACAAACGGGCUGCUAAGUACUUUACGGCCAGUAUCGACGAGAUGCACGAUUGUCCCUUUCUCGGUUACCUUUGUUCCGAUUACGGCACCUUCAACAAAGGGGAGUGCUCCGAGUGCCAAUUGGGACACACUUGUGCUCCGAUGGGGUAUCCAGCGUGGCUCAUUGCCGAGAACAUGACCGUCCCACCGGAUGCAAAAUUUUUCUUAGACACCAACAACGAACCACCGUUCUGCAUGUACGCAUACAAAAUAGUGAUCACGAUGGAACCCAGCAGCGGUUCCGACGCUCCCCCGGAACACGAGACCGAUGCUCCAGUUUUUGGCAUGUUCUGUGCCACUAUUUAUUCGGAAUCGGAGGAUUUGAUGUUCAGGACGAAUCUUAACAUGGGCAUCAGCCAGAAGCCGUUCGUCCUUAAUGGCGACAAUUCUUACUUGACGUUUCAAAGGGGACCGAAGAUGCACACUCCUAACAAAGUUCUGUUGCGGUUCGAUUCCGAGCAAAAUAGUACCACUGUUUUCGUGACGCGAGUGACGGUACUGCCAUUGCCGAAGUCUGGGAAAUUGGCGACUCCGCUUUGCGGUCCCCAUGAAAUCACGAAAUUCGUCCCUCACACACAGGAAGAAUUUACCCCCUGCAGAGUGGCCUGCAAGGAAGGUUCGAAGCACCGACGACGACGAAAUCCUAUUAACAAACGACCUUUGACAUCAUGCGCCAAUUAUGAUUUCGAGUACAAUAACGACGUGGCGCAACCCGUUCUCGAUGAUGACUACUACAGUAAUCGCUGA